AAUCUGCCGUUAUCUCCCGCCCGAAUUUUGCAAAUCGGUGGCAGACCUCCUCUCUGAAGCAGGUGUACUAUUCCAGAAUAACGUAAGGAGAAGGGGAGGCUCCAAGGGAUAUUUUGUGUAGUGUGGUAGCCUACCUCUCCUAUCUCUUCCUUGUCGCGACUCGCUCUGCUUCCUAUAGGAGCCGGGGGAAGGCAGUUCUUAGCAUCAGCACACUUCAUCACCACGGCUGUCUCUUUCUUUGGAAAGAAAAACUCGACCAAGGUUUAAAAAUAGAGCGACCCUUACGAAAAAGGCUUACGGUUGGAAUUGUCCAACACGGCUGGAGCUGAAUCUGCUUCAUUUGGUCCAGGGCGCUGUCCAAGGUCCUGAACCCCAGAUUAAGAGGAUCCUACUGUGGAGGCACCAUACCCAUGUUUGUGAGGCAUCUUUGAAACCAAGCCACUGCAUUUCUCAGGGUUCACUGCUGCCACGCAAGGAUUUCCAAAAUGGACGACGGGUACAGAGACCGGACGGCCUUCAUCCGAGGCGCCAAAGACAUCGCCAAAGAGGUGAAGCGGCACGCGGGCAAGAAGAUGGGGCGCGGCGUGGACAAGAUGUCAGACGAGUACACCAAACGCUCCUACACCCGCUUUGAAGAGGACGACGACGACGACUACCCGGUGCAGGGCCAGGACGGCGGCUACUACCGCAGCGACAGCCGCGCCAACGACGACGAGGGCGCGCACAGCGACUCCACCGAGGGCCACGACGAGGACGACGAGAUCUACGAGGGCGAGUACCAGGGCAUCCCCCGCGCGGACAUGGGCAAGGCCGACGGGGAGGCGGGGGGCGUGGUGCCCGAGGGGGCCCAGUUCCGGGACUUUGGCGACUUGGCGGCCGAGCGGAGGAAGGACCAGGAGGAGCUGGCGCAGCAGUACGAGACCAUCCUGCAGGAGUGCGGCCACGGGCGCUUCCAGUGGAGCCUCUACUUCGUGCUGGGCCUGGCGCUCAUGGCCGACGGCGUGGAGAUCUUCGUGGUGGGAUUCGUGCUGCCCAGCGCCGAGAAGGACAUGUGUCUGUCCGAGCCGAACAAGGGCAUGCUGGGUCUGAUUGUGUACCUGGGAAUGAUGGUGGGGGCCUUCCUGUGGGGCGGAUUGGCGGACCGGAUUGGCCGGAGGCAGUGCCUGCUCAUCUCCCUCUCUAUCAACAGCGUCUUCGCCUUCUUCUCCUCUUUCGUGCAAGGAUACAGCACCUUCCUGCUCUGCCGCCUGCUCUCGGGCGUCGGGAUCGGCGGCUCCAUCCCCAUCGUCUUCUCCUACUACUCGGAGUUCCUGGCCCAGGAGAAGCGCGGCGAGCACCUGAGCUGGCUCUGCAUGUUCUGGAUGAUCGGCGGGAUCUACGCCUCAGCCAUGGCCUGGGCCAUAAUCCCCCACUACGGCUGGAGUUUCCAAAUGGGCUCGGCCUACCAGUUUCACAGCUGGCGGGUGUUUGUGCUGGUGUGCGCCUUCCCCUCCGUCGCUGCCAUUGCGGCUCUGAACACCAUGCCUGAGAGCCCUCGCUUCUACCUAGAGAAUGGGAAACACGAUGAGGCCUGGAUGAUCCUGAAGCAAGUUCAUGACACCAACAUGAGGGCCAAGGGCUACCCUGAGAGAGUGUUCUCUGUGACCACCAUUAAGACGGUGAAGCCGAUGGAUGAACUGGUGGACAUGGGCAGGGACACCGCCUGGCACAUUCGCUGGAGGGCAAAGCUGACCAGUCUUUUCCAUCAGGUGUGGGGAAAUUUUCAGGCCUGUUUCUCCCCCGAGUAUCGCCGCACCACACUCAUACUGAUGGCCAUAUGGUUCAGCAUGUCCUUCAGUUACUAUGGUCUGACCGUGUGGUUCCCCGACAUGAUCAAAUAUCUGCAGAGGCAGGAGUAUUCCGCACGCACCAAGGUCUUCAUCAAGGAGAGGGUGGAACAUGUCACCUUCAACUUCACCUUGGAGAACCAGGUCCAUCGCAAUGGUCAAUACUUCAAUGACAAGUUCAUGAACCUGAAGAUGAAGUCCAUGCUGUUUGAGGACUCUGUGUUUGAGGAAUGCUACUUUGAGGACAUCACAUCUAGCAACACUUUCUUCAAAAACUGCACCUUCAUUUCCACCCUUUUCUAUAACACAGAUCUGUUUAAGUACAGGCUUGUCAACAGCAAGCUCAUCAACAGUACAUUUCUGCAUAAUAAAGAGGGCUGCAUAUUGGACUUCAGCGAUGACAACAACGCCUACAUGAUCUACUUCGUUAGCUUCCUGGGCACGCUAGCCGUGCUGCCUGGGAACAUUGUGUCUGCCCUGCUAAUGGACAAGAUUGGACGGCUGAGGAUGCUGGCGGGCUCCAGUAUGAUGUCAUGCAUCAGCUGCUUCUUCCUGUCGUUCGGCAGCAGCGAGUCGGCCAUGAUCGCCCUCCUCUGCCUCUUCGGCGGCAUCAUCAUCGCCUCCUGGAAUUCCCUGGAUGUGCUGACGGUGGAGCUCUAUCCGUCUGAUAAAAGGACCACAGCAUUUGGUUUUCUGAAUGCGCUGUGCAAGCUGGCAGCCGUCCUGGGCAUCAGCAUUUUCACAUCUUUUGUGGGCAUCACCAAGGCUGUGCCCAUCAUGUUUGCCUCAGGGGCACUGGCUGCUGGCAGCUACCUGGCUCUUAAACUGCCAGAGACACGGGGCCAGGUUCUACAGUAGUGUUGGGGCACCAACGGGGCAACCACAACUUAAUUACUUUCCCCCUUAAUCCCUGGUGACUGUGAAUUGGGAUGUGUAGAAAUCUGUUAAAACCACAAGUUCCGGUUACCAUCACAAUAGUCAUAUAAAUUGUGAAGUAUACAAACCAUUUCACAAUCUAACAGCAACAACUGAAAUCAAAUGUUCUUUGUACUGCUUUUCAUCCUAAGAAAUGCUUGGACAUUGAAAUUGUGGUGUAAUCUUGCUUUUCAUGGUAGUUCCCAUUUUUACAAAAUAUUACAGCAGAACUGCUUAAUGAUGUAAUUUGACUGCACAUAGGUAGAAUGUAAUAAAUGGUGGCGUCCGUGACUUUAAGAAAUGCCAACACUCAGAGGUUUUUUUAUGCGAGGGAGGCCAAAAAUCUGAAACAACAUUCAGUUUAUUUAUAUUACACACUCAUACAUUUCUUUAAAUCAUUUACAUUGUAUAAAUCACGCAGCACAUUUGGGUCUCAACCAACUAUGACAGGAAGGCCUGACAGCACUUGUGUCUGGGCUCUAUCUAGCCUUGAUGGGACCCAAGAUUUCACUCCAAUUAUUUAGUAAAGUCUGCUCUUCUCCUCUUCCUCCAGCAAGUUUCUCAAGUUGUCCAUUUCUAAUCACAUUGGUAUAUGAACUGACUGUAUAUGAAGGGCUGAGCCGAAUCAGUGCAAAUCCAGUAUAUGGUGAGUUUGUGUCCUGUGAUUGCUGGCCUACAGGGUUGAAGCUGGACUUUGGCUGUGUAAUGGGUUCCCCCACCCCCUUGUCAUUCAUUGUCACUUCCUUUUCAAAUGAAAUUUCUAGCCUACUAACUGCCAUUUUAUAGGCGUGGCACAAUCCAGUUUGACUUUAUCACUUUCAGAAUGUGGGAAUGAAGCUUGAUAAGUUCAUAUCUUAAACACAUUCAUAUCUUAAACACAUCACACAAGAACCAUCCAUAAAUUAGAUUUGAAGUUCAUUCUAAAAUUGAGGUUUUUUCUUUUCUGCAUGUUUGAUUUUUAAAUAUUUUUUUAAACAGAACUUAUUUUAUAUUUUGUUGGUAUUUGUGUGACAAAUUAGCCAUUUGUCUUAAUGCUCCAAGCAUCCAUCUCUUAUUUUCACAGUACAGUUGUUUGACAGUUUCUCACUUUGUAGAAUAUGAGUAAUUGAAAUCAAAAAUUUGUCCUCGAUUUAAGUUGCCUUCUAUCCGCAGUUCCAAUCCUUGGUAUGCUCCCAGAAUCACAUUUUUACUUUUAAAGUCUUUUUAUGGUUGUAUAUAUUUACCUUAUGAACACACAUUUAGCAAUUGUAUACUAUCACUUACAAUAUUAUUCGUCGCAAACAUGUAGGUGCAAAACACUCAUUGCUAAAUACAACUAAACUUUUUGUGUUUAAAAGCUGGAUGUGUAAAUAUUUUUGAAAUAGUGCCCAUGCAAUUCAGCUAGCAAGGGAAUCUGUAAAUAGACAACAAAAACAUCCUUUCUGUGUCUGUACUUUCAAUAUAUUGAUUUAUGCAAUUGUACCAUGGAAUGCAAAAACAACAAUUAUGCAGUCUAAAACAAUUGACUUUCUAUUUCCACAGAUCUAUUCAUUUGCCACAUUGUAAGCUCUUACUCAGUACCACCUUUUGUGACAUAUAAUUCCAAGGAAUAUAUACCAUACAAUAUGUAAUUUUACUGGUUUCAAGUUACUAAUGUAAACAUGUGAUGCUUUGCACACACCCCUUACCAUGUGGUCAUUCCACCCCCAUUGUAAUAAGUGGUAUCAUUGCGUUUCUCCAGAUGUGAAAUUUUAAAAUGUAGUUGUGAUCCAUCAAAAAUUCUAGUCCAACUCAAUUUAAAAGCACAGAUGACCUCAGUAUUCAUUCCCUCAAGAUGACUCUGUUUUUCAUUCUUAUUUUGUUUUGUCAAUUAUUUUCAGUUAAUCACAUUGAAAAUAAGCACUUAAAACACAGAGAAUAUAUGAGUUCUCCAAGAAAUGUAAAUAUUAUAUUAAGAACAAGCACAAGCAGUUUGAAAAAUACAGCUAAGUGUUUUUGUUCAGUUUUUUGUAUAUAAUGUACAAAAUACAUAUGCACAGUGCAGUAAAUCCAUAAGUACUGGGACAGUGACACUUUUUUUGUUGUUUUGACUCUAUUCCUGCGCAUUGGAUUUGAAAUGGUUAAAGUGCUGCCUGUCGGCUUUCAUUUGAGGGUCUUUACAUCCAUAUCAUGUAGGAAAUGCAGCCCUUUGUUACACAUUUCCCUAUUUUGGGGGACCACAAAUAAUUGGACAGUUGGCUGCUCAGCUGUUUCUUGACCAGCUCUGAGUUCAUGGAUCAUUUGUCCAUGCACAAAAAAAGAUAACACAAGCUCUAGAGUUGAGUCUAGGUGUUGCAUUUUCAUUUGGAGUCUGUUGCUGUUGUCUCUCAACAUGAGGACCAAAGAAGUGUGAAUGCCAGUAGAGCAGGUCAUCGUGGGGUGUAAAAAUCUGGAUAAGUCUAUCAGAGACAUAAAAUAUUGUAUGUGUCAAAAUAAACUGUUUGGCACAUUGUUAAGAAGCAAGAGUGCUCUGGUGGGCUCAGCAAUUGGAAAUAAUCUGGUAGACGACAGAAGAGCACUGUGAUGGAUGACCAAAGAAUACUUUCGCUUGUGAAGAAAAACCCAUUUUCAACUGUGAAACAGAUCAACAGGCUUGGCAGAGCAUCACCAGGAAGAUACCCAGUGUUUGGUGAUGUCUCUGGGUCGCCGACUUCAGGCAGCCAUUGAAUGCAAAGGGUUUGCAAUUUAGUACUAAAUAUGAUUACUUUAUCUAAGAUUAUGUUAAUUUGUCAGAUUAUGUUUGGUCCCCUAAAAUGGAGAGACUGUGUAUAUAAAAGGCUGUAAUUCCUACAAAGAUCACUGGAUGUGGAUAUAAAUACCCUUGUAUUAAAGCUGACCGCCUGCACCUCAACCUCAUAUCAAUUGUUUAAUUUCAUAUUCAAUGUACUGGGGUACGGGGCCCAAACAACAAAAAUUGUGUCACUGUCCAAAUAUUUACAGACUGCACUGUACAUAAAACAUGAACAUAUGAUUAGGUGUGAUGCAUUCAUUCAGUCUGUGUAUAAAAUAUUGCUAUAGGUAUCAAGAAAAUAAUAUACUACAGAAAAAAUAUUCAAUUUAAUUUUGAUUCAUGUUACACAGUAUUAAAACUGUCAAGCAGUUUUCCUUAUUAUAUCCAUUAUUUUUGACUAGAAGUGUGUUUAAUAACAGAUGAGAACAAAUGUAUUUUAUUGAUAUGCAGAGCUUGCAUAUGUUAUAUUGUUCUCGUUUUCUUAGUGUCUUAUUUGCUGAUAAAAUAGAGAAACAGAAUCAUGUUUACAUGUAACUGUGUGUGUGGGUGUGUAAUUGAGUGUGUGCUUACGUUUAUCUUUCUUUUUUUGUCAUGGCCUGUUGUAAAUUAUUCCUUUUUAUGUGGAAUAAUGUGAGUUAACUGGCAUGGGGUGGAUAUGCUUACAGCUUUAACCACCUUGCCAAAGUGAGUGCAUUUUUCUUGAAGCUUAACUUUUGACCAAAAGAUAAAGAUGAUAAAGGUAACUCAAAAAUAUAGAAAUCAUAUGCAUGUGUAAUAAAUUCUGAAACACUGAGUACGAUCAUAUAAAAUUGCAGUUCCCCGAACACUACAGGUUCUGAAGAAAAGCUAUUCUAUUUGACAGCCAUGGCCGGAACAUACAUCAUUUUGGCGCAAUUUUCAGUCUGCAACUUCGGUCAUUGGACCAAACAAAAGCACUUUUUGAUAAGCUUGUAACCCAUGUGUGGGCAGACAGGAAACUGUUGAAUUGACUGGGAACUUAUUCGCAGGUCUUUGUAUCUUAGUCUGGAAUAAUGAUUUUAUUUUGUGGAGUGAAACACAUUGUUUAGAUCCAACUCCUCAAAGUGUGUGGGUUUAAGAACUAAUACUCAUGAUGUACUCAUACUGAAACAUUUUUUAAACUAUAUUUUGCUGUCCUUUUGUGGAAGGGAGUGUAAUCUCAGUUGAAUCUACUGAAUUUAUGUACACUGCAGCCUGGCAUAGGUCAAAACAUUUACUGUUCCUCUCCUGAUACCCAGAUACAGUAUAAUGGCAUACCCAUUCUGGUACAUACAUAUAUAUCAAUAUUUAAAUGUUUUUUUGUAAUUUUCAAAUGUGUAAAUAGAAAAUAAACUGUGACUCUUGGUUUAGAGUGUCUUUCACUUAUGGGGGUAUGUCAUGCCUGGUGAUUUUACUGUGGUACACACACAUGAUUUGAGCUGGAUAAACUAAAUUAUCACAUUCUUUUACUGCCAAUUGUUUGUAGGAUAGUAGCCAUAUAACUACAGUUCAAAAAGAAAACCACAGCACAGGAGGAUUAAUAGAUGUGUUAUGGUGCACUUGUCUCCGUGCAAUGUAGGCAAGCACAAAUAUAGAGAAUUUCUGUUAUUUCCAUAGAAUGAGUUAUCAAAUAGUUACACAUAGUUGGAACUUAAAUGUCUGGUCUGGUCUAAACCUGAUCAUUUGUUGUGUAUAUGGAGAACUGCAUGCAAUAUCUUAAGUAACAGGCAGUGGUCUGGAGCAAGUAGUGGCCAAUGUCUUAUAUCCUCUAUUUGAUCACCUAUAUUGCCUAUUUGCCCUAAGGCCAAAGCAUGUGGUGUUUCCAAUAAUACAUGCUGUCCCAUAGUUGUGCAUCACCUUGGAAACACUCCCUCUCCCAAAUGUGUAUCGGACCCAACUUUGUGCACAAUUAUGGAUAGCCCUUGUCUGUGUUCAUAACAAUGUUUCAUUGCCUGGGAGACUAUGUUGUACAAUAAUUAAUUAUAUUUUCUCAUAUUCUCCCAGUUUAGCAAAUAGCAGACUGAAUAUUAUCUGACAUUGUACACUAAGGAGCUAUCACUGAAAUGUUAAAUGGGUCAGUUGCAAUUUUAUAACAUACCCUGCCCGCGCACACACUCUUUCAAAGUAGAUGUUUAAAGUUUACUUGGUAUUACAAUACCUGUUUUACAAUUAGUGUGGAUGCAUAUUAAUUAUCUGUAAAUCUAACUGCCAUGUUUUCUCUGUGUUUUGUCUUUGAAGCAACCACUAAAUUUCAAACCAGGAUGUUGAUCUGAGGCUAUUGUAUGGUAUUACAUUAAUCCAUGUAUGGUAUUUAUCGAAUGAACUUCAGUUGAGCUGUAUGACUUUUCUAUUUUUGUGGACAGUAUGCUGCUUUAGUGUUUCCCUGUUGAGGUUGUCACUGAUUGUAAUGAAAUUAUGAAUAACAAUCAUACUGUAGGUGCAAAGUAAACAAAGCAAUAAUCAACAUGUUCUCUGCUCUGCACUGCCCAGCCAUAGUGAAAGCACAUUGUGAAAUCUUUGCCCAAGCCCAGAGUUGGUGCUCACUCCUUAAAAACUGAAUUGGCCAAUAUCCACAUUGUCAUCAGAAGAGCCCACCAGGACUGCUACAGCAGCUGUCAAAUUUUAAAAGAACAGACAUUAUUUAAAUGUGACUGAAAAUUCAACACGUUAUAAUUGUACUGUGCUGUAGAAAGUGUAGGUGUUUGUAUGUACAAGUAUAAAUAUGUGGAAACAAUAACUAAAAAGACAAAACAAAACAUGCUUACUGACCAGAUACUAUAAUAUGUUGUCUUUAUUUCGUGUGUUUUGUAAAUCAAAUUUGAAAAAGUUACAUCAUAAAUAAAUACAUCAAUACUAAGUACUUCUAGAUAUGGAGAAUAUUUUACUGUAAAACAAUGAAGGUGGUGUAUUAAGGUUUGUGCAAGAUUUUUCUUUUUUAUUUUGGUAACCAUGCGGCAAUCUGCACUCUUGACUUGUGCAAUUAAAUUUUUCAGUAUUACAAUGGAGUUAACCAUACAAUGCAGUAAAUAAAGAUAUACAAACAUGUA